CCGGUAGGUUUACCCUGACAAGGAGGAACGUUACCGUUAGUUGUGUUUAAGUUAGGAGUACCUUAAAUGAAAUCUGUCGUGUAACGUUACGUUUUUCCCUCUACUUAUUAACAGCUACACACUUGUACAUCAGGUAAGGAUGCCAAGCAAAUUUCAGAGUGGGGACACUGUGAUGGGUCGUUGGCCUGGCAGUAGUCUCUACUAUGAGGUGAAAGUACUGAGCCAUGACACAGAUACUCAGCUGUACACAGUCAUCUACAAAGAUGGCACAGAGUUGGAGCUGAAGGAGAGUGAUAUCAAGAGCUACGCCUCGUUCCGGCAGAUAUCUGGACGCUCUCGCUCUCGCUCUCGCUCUCCAGCGCGGCGUCGUAGCCGCUCUCGCUCACCAGCCAGAACUUCACGCCGGUCCUCAUCUCGUACCUCUUCACGCACCACUGAGGGGAAAAUAGACAAACUGAAGGAGGUGUUGGAAGUCCGACUCACCCCUGUGGUGCUUCCAACUGAAAAUAAUAGCAACAACCAGCAUGAAAAAGAGGAUACCAAUGAGCCAAAUAUAGAGUCUGAGCAGCGGAGCAGUGGACGUUACAAUCUGCGUCGUCGAAAGGAUGGUGACCCCAAGCAGGCUGAAGAGAUGAAGAAGGUGGAUGAAGACUCUACAACAUUGAAAACAGAGGAGCUGGAGUUUGGUGGCAGGAUUGGCACAUUUGGUAUGCUACUGUUCCUGCCGUCUGUUGUGCUGCUUCUCCUUCUUCAAGUUUCCAUUAAAGAUACCGGUCUACUGGCACUGCCUGCCAGCUUUCCCUCUGCUGAGGUUCUGUGGGACUGGCAAGUGUUUGGCCUGGUCAUCUUCUGGCUGUUUUUUCAGGCUUUGCUGUAUAUGCUGCCAUUUGGGAAGGUUGUUGAUGGAAUGCCUUUAAAGACUGGAAAGAAACUGAAGUAUAGGGUUAAUGGCUUCCAUGCACUGCUCAUCACUGGUGUGUUUGUUGGCAUUGCUGUGCAGCAGGAGAUGGACCUCACUUACAUUCAUACUCAUUUUCUACAGUUCUAUUCAUCAGCAUUGAUUAUGUCGGUUCUUUUGAGUAUUUAUCUUUACACUCGCUCACGCCUUCUCUCUGAGGAAGAGCGGGCUCCUAGUGGGAACUCUGGAUAUUUGUUUCAUGACUUCUUCAUGGGCCGGGAACUGAAUCCACGUAUCAGGAACUUUGAUGUGAAAUUCUUCUGUGAAAUGCGUCCAGGUUUAAUUGGCUGGCUUGUUAUCAACUUUGCCAUGCUGCUUGCUGAGAUGAAGGUGCAGAAGCUCGACUUUCCCUCACCAGCCAUGUUGCUGGUGAACAUCUUCCAGUUACUUUGGGUUGCAGAUGGACUUUGGCAUGAGGAAAAGAUUCUUACGACUAUGGAUAUAGUUCAUGAUGGCUUUGGAUUCAUGUUGGCCUUUGGAGACCUGGUAUGGGUCCCUUUCACUUUUACCUGUCAAGCACACUACUUGGUAAAUCACCCAAGUGAGCUAUCGAAGUUAUUCGUUGCAGUCAUCAUCACCAUCAAAGGUAUUGGAUAUUAUAUAUUUCGCAAGGCAAACUCUCAGAAAAAUAAUUUCAGAAGAAACCCGUCUGAUCCAUCACAUAUCCACCUGAAGACCAUCUCUACUGCCACUGGAAAGGGUCUCAUUGUGUCUGGAUUGUGGGGCUUUGUCCGCCACCCAAAUUACUUGGGUGACUUACUCAUGGGCCUUGCUUGGUCUCUCCCAUGUGGGUUCAGGCAUGCUCUGCCAUACUUUUAUCUUGUUUACUUGGUCCUCCUGCUUAUACACCGCAACUCCAGAGAUGAGUUACAGUGCAGGAAAAAGUAUGGUUCUGCGUGGGAUGAAUACUGCAAAGCAGUACCUUACCGCAUCUUCCCCUGGAUCUACUGAAACUCACCAUCUCACUCAGUCCUUGGAUUAGAAACAAACAAAAUUGUACAUGUUGAGACAGUUUUAAAGGGCUCAAAUCAUUCUGUUAAUAUUUAAAAUGAGUACAACUAAGGUUGCAGUUUGAAUGGUUUAUUAAGUAAACUGGAUUUUGAAAGCUUUUCACUUUUUGUUCAAUUAGACAAACAUGAAACAAUUUGUGGUGUACAUUCCUGUACAGAAGAACAUUGAUCGUCUUAAGUAGCGUGUUUAUUUUUGUUACCUGAAGUAUUAAAGAAUCAGUCUUUCAGCCUGAUAUUUAACAUUAUUUUGAAUGGUAUAUUUUGGUAUUAAUGUGUGUUGUGGACAAAGCAAUAUUAAUGCUUUAUAUAGGCUUUAUGCUUAUUUAAAACAGAUGUUCACUCUCAGGACUUCAACAAUUUAAGAAAAAAAAUAUUAGGAAUAUCUAAAUGCUUGUGUAUAUUCUCAUAAUAGGUUUCAUGUUUUGAAUUGUAUUAUUUUUUUAAUCCAAAUCUGGUAUUCUUUGGACUACACCCAGAAAAAAAAAUGUAUUUCAGUGUAAUUAGCUUGAAGUUGAAUGUUUAUGUUUUGUAUCACUGAAUGAAUGUAAAUAGAUCAUCAUGUUUUGAUAGGUUUUUUUAUAAUGUAGUUUUAGACUAAAAGUGGCUUUUAAUAUUUCAUUAGUUUUAUACAGAAUAGAAAUAAUUUUACAGAAAGUUAAAACCAGUUAGAUUUUGAUGCCAGUGUUUCAUUUUAUUUUGGUAUUUAUUAUUUUUUUGGUCUUUCAGAUGUGGCGCUUUGACUCCCAUUCAUAAUUUUUACAUCUGAAGAAUAAAUAUAAAUGAGAAUUGGU